UUAAAAGCAGUGGCAGAAGUAAUGGCAGAAGCAGCAACAGAAGUAGUUGAAGCAAUGGCAGAAGCAGCAACUGCAGAAACAUUAGAAGCAGCAAUAGCAGAAGCAUCAGAAGCAGUAACAGCAGAAGCAUCAAAAGCAGCAAUAGUAGAAGUAUUAGAAGUAGCAACGGCAGAAGCAUCAGAAGCAGCAACAGCAGAAACAUCAGAAGCAGCAAUGUCAGAAGCAGCAACAUCAGAAGCAACAAAAGCAGCAACAGCAGAAGCAGCAAUAGCAGAAGCAACAGCAGAACCAACAGCAAAAGAAGAUAAUGUAAAGAACAUGGUAAGUACUAUUGAUAAUAAUGAAUCAAGCAAAUUGGAAAAGAACAAAGUUGAGGACUUAACAGUGACAAAUGAUACAACAAUUAAAAAUAGUCUUGAUAAUAGUGCCGAAAAAGAUGAAGAAAAGAUAUUCAUUCAUUAUCAAGAAUUUGCUAAAAUGGAUAAUGCCGAUGGGAUGAAAGUUAUUGAUUAUUCUUGUUAUAAUAGAGUUGAAGUCGAAACAAACGAAUAUAAAAUUAGUAUCAAUGUGGAUAUUGUGGAGAUAAUAUGUAUUGAACAAGUUGAUAGUAGGAUAAAUGUAAAGGAGAUGGAUAAAGUUAGUGUAAUGAAUUAUGAAGAUACAAAUCAAGUGAAAGGAAUAAAGGUGAACAUACCUGAUUCAAAUAAUGGAAUCAACGAUCUUAAAUGUUGUUACGAAAUAGAAAGUGGUAUAGAAAAUGAUGAUGAUGAAAUAUGUAUUACUGGAGGCAGUCAUCAAAAUAGAAUUAGAGUUAAAAUAGGCGAGUAUGAAGCUUUCAAAUAUGACAUGAAAUGUGAUGAUGAUGAUCAAAAUGUGAUAGAUCAAGGUGAUGGAAUAUAUUAUUAUAGAAAAUGUUGUAAUAAUGGAGUAGGAGUUGAUAAAGAUGAUGGAAUGGCUUUUGAAUA